CGACAGAUUUUCUAGAUCAAGUACGCGCGCUGCCUUAUUCCGAAUCCUAUGCUCGCGUCGUACCGCGCGCCAGUCGGUACGCGUUCGAGCUUUACUUCGAGGAAACGACAUCAGAUGUCUCUUGCAGAGACAGAGGCAAAGAAUGAGAGAAGUUGGUCGAACACUGUCAAAACAAAAUAUGAAAGAGGACGUAUUGCUGUCUGAACCGCAGGAUUAUUCCGAUCACAUGUCAAAUAUGGAUCUCGCUAUCAAUUUGGAAAGACAAAAAUUUCCAUUUUCUAUAGUCUGGACCCCUCUACCGAUCUUGACGUAUUUUUUACCGAUCAUCGGUCAUAUGGGUAUUGCCACUUCUACCGGUGUCAUACGAGACUUUGCUGGACCGUAUCACGUAUCCGAAGAUAAUAUGACGUUUGGAAAACCUACCAAAUACUGGCAAUUAAACUAUACCAAAGCGAAAGGAGGCGUCCAGGGAUGGGAUUCUGCCAUCGCGGAAGCCAGUGAAAUCUAUAAAACAAGAAUGCACAAUAUAUGUUGGGAUAACUGUCAUUCUCACGUAGCUACAGCGUUAAAUCUCAUGUCGUACGAUAAUUCGAAUAGUUGGAAUAUGGUAAAGUUGGCAUUCCUUAUGCUCGUGCAUGGAAAAUACGUGAGUUUUCCAGGUUUCCUUAAAACUUGGAUGCCAUUCUGUCUCCUCGUCACUGCCUUCACUUUACUCUGUCUGUUACUGCGAUAAAACUCAAGAGGCAUCGAUUCUACAAAACUCGCGGAAUGCUCUCACAUAUCUCCGGUCAAGUUGCAUUUGACGAACUAAACGCCGCUACCGUUAUUGUUUGGUUCAGUAAUUAGACGAUACACACAUGUAUGUAUAUGUACGCAAUACGAUGAAAGAAUCGAUCGUUUCGUAGUGC